AUCUUAUUGCUUUAUAUUCCAAAGUAAACCCAUUCAGUCUUCUUCCCAUAUCUAGCCACUCUGCAAUGCUAACACAAUCUCCUCACAGCCCUCAGCUCCAUGGAAACGUGACCUUUCCACCCAACAGAUGUCCCCUCGCUCGUCAAACUCUCCCUGCAGGCCCGAGAGCCGCUGCAGACAUUGGCUUCGGGGACACCCUCGACAGCCUGACCUCGUGUGCGAUGUCGCGGGACCUCAGAACCGGCUCCGUCCUCCGUGGCCUCGUAAUAAAAUCUGGGUUCGGCGCAGAUGCAAUAGCGGGCAACUCUCUUGCGAACAUGUACUCAAAAUGCGAGUUGCUUGACCGCGCAAAGCAAGUAUUUGAAGAAAUGCCCCAUAGAACCGUUGUUUCUUGGACGACCCUGAUGUCGGGGUACUGCAGUAACUGGGAGAGCCACAUGGCGAUUUCCCUUUUCGGGCAGAUGUUGGGUGAGGUGGAGCUGAACGAGUUCACGAUCUCGGUGCUCCUGAAGGCUUGUGCACAGUGCGCUAAUACUAACGAUCAUCAAAGGUUGGUAGAAGCGGCCCACUGUUAUGUGGUUAAAUAUGGGCUUUCCCUGGAUAGUUUUUUGGCGAACUCUCUGGUGGAUUCAUAUGCAAAGUGCGGGAAACUGAGUGACGCAGAGAAGGUUCUUCAAAGGAGUGGUUGCACAGAUGUCGUCUCGUGGACUUCGCUAAUUUCUGGGGCUGUAUUGAAUGGGUAUGCGAGGGAGGCUCUGAGCUAUUUCUUUAGGAUGCAGGAAGACGGGAAAACACCCAACGAAAUCACAGUUCUCAGCCUCUUGCGCGCUUGUUCGUUGAUCGGUGAAUUGGAGUUCUUCAGGUGGGUCCAUGGAGCGAUCUUGAAAACCGGAUGGGGCUGGAAUGACUUUGUGGUAAACUCUCUGAUGGAAUUGUAUCUCGUAAACGGAUGCUUCCUUGAAGGAAUAGAAGUCUUCUGUAAGUUCCUUUCCACAAGUGAAGAUCAGCAUGUCAAGGCUGAAACACUUGCCCUUAUUCUCCAAGGAUGUUCUGAACUUGGACUAUUCGGGUUAGGGAAGCAGAUCCAUUGCUUCUUGAUUAAAUGCGGGAUCAUUCCGCUUUUGGUGAUAGAGAAUUCUCUCGUCGACAUGUACUCAAAGAAUGAGUGCAUAGGAUCUGCAGUCCGACUCUUUUCAAGGAUGGCCAAUAGAGACAUUGUUUCCUGGAAUACUAUCAUUACUUGUCUUGUCAGGAGAGGAGAUUACAGCAGGGCUCUAUCGCAUUUUAGAGAGAUUCACCGAGAACGAGGAGACGGUGAGAGUGGUCCCGACUUUGUUACAAUGUUAGCAGUACUGCAGGCUUGCUCCGAUAUGGGCUCCUAUCGUUUGGGUCAAGUCAUUCAUGGAUUUAUUACCAAGACGGGGUUUGUGUGCGAUACAUUUGUACAGAAUUCUCUGAUUGACAUGUAUGGAAAGACGGGAAGAUUGGACUCGGCGCACGGUGUUUUUAAGGAAAUGCUUAGCAAAGACAUUAGCUCAUGGAAUUCUAUGAUCGGUGCCUUCGGGGUCAAUGGGAACGGGCAUUCUGCUAUGACGGUGUUCAGAGAACUAACGAGAUCCGGAAUUGAGCAGCCAAAUGAAAUCACAUUCGUGAACAUUCUCUCAGCAUGCGACCAUGCAGGAAUCAUGAAGGAGGGACUCGAGAUCUUUAACUGUAUAGAGAGUGUAUACGGGACUAGGCCAAGUACAGAGCAUCUAGCUUGCGUGGUGGAUAUGCUGGGAAGGUCAGGGAGACUCGAUGAAGCUGAAGCCUUCAUAAGGAACGUGCCGAUAAAGCCCGACAGAGCUGCAUGGGGAGCCCUGUUAAGCUCCUGCUGUGCAUUUGGCCGGGUCGAUUUAGCUGAAAGAGCUGCAAGGGAGCUCUCGGUUUUGGAUUGGGAUAACAAGGCUUGGAGGGUAGCAAUGUCAAACAUUUACGCGGGUGUUGGUAGAUGGGAGGACGUAGCUAAGGUGAGACUGGAGAUGAAGGAACUCAAUGGAAAGGAAGCAGCCUGGAGCAGCGUGGAGGUCCAUGGACAAGACAUUGCCUUCAUGGUGAACGAUACAACCCAUCCUGAGUGUGCAUCGAUAUACGAAACUCUCCACUCUAUCACAGGUCAUAUUGCAUUCAACAGCACAGCUUAGUGUCAUCUUUCAGAUUCAACUGAUCGUCUACUUUAUUUGGUAAAUUCUAAUGAGCUAUGAAAUGCCAACUUGAUCCUUA